AUGACAGAACCAAUAACCCCCCUCGAAUCAAAUGCCCCUCCCCCUCUCCAAUCCACCACCAGCAGCAGUAGCAUCACCCACCCCCGAAUCACAAUCCAAUACUGCACACAGUGUAAAUGGAUGCUGCGCGCCGCAUACUUCGCACAGGAACUCCUCUCGACGUUUGGGACGGGGAUUGGUGAGGUGGCGCUUGUGCCGGCGACGGGGGGAUUAUUCCGGGUGACGAUUUGGGGUGGACGUGGACUGGGAGACGGGGUGGUGCUUUGGGAUCGGAAGACGGAGGGGGGGUUUCCUGAGGUCAAGGUGUUGAAGGCACGGGUGAGGAAUGUGAUUGAUCCCAGCCGGGACUUGGGACAUACGGAUCGGGCGUUGAGGAGGGAUGAGGAGAAGAAGACUGUUGAGCAUCAGGAGGAUCAGGCUGGAGAUCAGACACCGGAGAAGGCAACGAAAGAGAAAGAAAAGUGCGAGGAUUGCCAAUAG